AUGUCGCGCUUCUUCCCCCACACAGCCUACGCUGAGGACCAGCCCCGGCCCUACGCCAUCCUCACCGCGCACGUCCUCGCGCGCGGCUUCACCGCCGGCUCGCUCGUCGGGCUCGCCGCAGCGGGCGUUCGGCAAGCCGUCCCUGCGUGGCGCCGCCCGGGCCCCCUGGCCGCGGCCGUCCUGCGCUCCUCGUCGACCGGCAGCCUCGUCGGCGUGGGGCUCAUGGGCCUCGCCCUGGGGGGCAGGAUGUACGGCCGCUCGCGCAUCGAGUGGCAGGACAGGAGCUGGCGGCUCCUCGAGAACCGGGGCCAGGUCGAGGUGGAUGACUGGACGUACGUGGGCAUGGCGGCCGGCGCCGCCGCCGCCGCCGCCGCGACGGGCCACGUCAGGGCUCUGGGGCUGAGGGCCGUCGUCGGCGGCGCCGGAGCGGGGAGCGUCGUCGGCAUGAUUGGCUGUCUGGCCUGGAGGCAGGGGCUGAACGGGGGCAGGUUCCCGGAAAAGGGGCGGGAGGGAGAUUUGUGA